CCGCCCGGAACCAGAACAACACCAGCCUGCAGACGGACACACGGUUACCUCUGUAAACCAUCUGAGACACGGUGCACAGCCGCUAUGAGAGACUACACGGCGACUCCCAGCCAUGGAGGCUCCUGCAUACCCUGCUGCCAAGUUUGCGUCUUCGUCUUUACCGCAUUUCUCAUCGUUGCAGAGAGGACGGCGCUGAUCUACUGCUUUGUGUACUAUCUGUGGGUGGGUCACAACUAUUGCUAUGCCCAUCUAGCCGGCUUCACUGCACUGUUCCUGCUGCCAGGUUGGGGUCCUCAGUGGCUCAGUUACCUGUGGUACCUGUCAGAUGGACGUAUCCGCAGGAAGUCUCUCACCUGGACACAUAUACUGCACCUGGGUAUCUUCAAAAGGCUGUUGGAGUGUAUGCAGCUGCCAGAUGAGGAUGUGUAUGGUGAGAUCAUGCAGCAGGCGGAUGUAUCUGCCUUACGUCUGUUUGAGGCCUUGGUGGUCACCCUCCCUGAGACGCUGCUGCAGACGUAUGUGCUCAUCUGUACUGAUAUAGGAAUCAAAUCUCCAGCCUCGGUGUGUUUUGUGGUGUGUUUGUUGUCUCUCGCCUGGGCCUUGGUCCUCUAUGCCAGAGCCUGUUCACUCAUCAGACCAGGACACUUACAAAUGACCCCUGCUGCCAUUCUCUGUCGACUCCUGUGGAGGGUCAGUAUGCUGGGAUCUCGAUUUGCUGUUCUCAUGCUCUUCACACGCAUCUUCAAACAGUGGAUCCUAGGAGUCAUUGGUGUGCACUGGCUGGGUGCAACUUUCUGGAUGGUGUCUCAGCAGACUGACAUCAUACGAUCAACUAGUCGAUGGAGACUGUUUAACCUCUUUCUGGGAGCCAUUCACAUCUUUCUCUUCCUCAACGUGAAGUACGGUCAAUCCAGAUACCGCAUGGCUGGAUUCUACCUGGCCAUGUUCAUAGAGAACGCUUUUCUUCUUCUGGCCUCCUCCUGGUUGUUUACCAUGGUGUCCUGGGAUACUGUCGGCAUCCCAGCAGCAGUGUUCUGCAGCUUCCUCAUUGGAGUGAUAGCGUUGGUGCUGUACUAUCGUUUCCUGCACCCUAAAUCCUUUGAGAUUUUCCAGAGUAUUCGCCACAGAGGGAUAGGUGGAGCCUGCAUGGAGCGCGGAUCUACACUGUCAUUGGAGGAGAAAGUCACACCCACUUUCCAUCGCCACGCAACACUGUCUGGAGGUGGGACUCUCAUGGACCUUCCAAUCCAAUGGGAAGGCUGGAAACAUCACCACUGGCUGCUGAUUCGCUUGGCCCUGAAAACAGGAGAUGUGACAAAGAUCUGGUCGUCGUAUGGCGAGGGGGGUCUGGCUGGACUGAUGGGUCUGUCUGAAGAAGUUCACUCCCCAGAUGAACCUUAUGUCCCUCGGCUUCCACCCAUUCAACCACAGAUUCCUCAGAUCUCACAUCCAACUCCUCAACCAGCUCCCCCACAAGUGACCCUGGCUCCACAGUCUGAGGCUCAGCUGUCUGUUCUGUCUGCCCAGGUGAGAGAGGUGGUCCAGCCACCAAAGCCAACUCCCUCCACUGUAGUGGCCAGACCUGUGAGAAAAACUCCUCCCACAACAAUCCAUGACAUUAGACGGUUCCCAGAGGUUAUCCCGGUCCCGGAGGCCAUUCCUGAAGAGACUGCAGAGGAAGAGUCCUUCAGCGCUCCACCAUCAGAGGAAAAAGGUGAUGAUGAGUUUCAGAGUGCCGCUUACGGCUCACCCACACCCUCAUCUCCACGGCAACCAGGAAGCCUCCGCCACAUCGACAGCAACGCUGCAACCCUGACUGAGGCCUCGUCCUCCGCAGGUUCCCUGGACAUCAAGACUCCCGGCUGGUCACCUGAGCGACGUUCCCCUCUCCUGAUUGGUUCGCCAGAGAAAAAACCGGGGAUGCCUGGAGAGUCCAGCACUACACUGUAUUUCAGUGCAGAUGCACAGUCUCCCUCCAGUGGGAGCUAUCUCGGCUGGGGCUCCGAGCUGUCGCCCAUCUCCAGCUACCGAAGUCCCUACCGGAUCAGGGAGGCUCGUUUUGUCACAUCCACCCCGAGAAUGGAGCCUCGAGCUGGGGCUGAAAGUCCGGGCCUGGCGCCGGUUGUUGUGAUCCCUGCCACUCCAACACCAGGCACCACCCCUGGCGGGACCCCUGGUACUUUGACCCCUGUUGUUUCUACACCUGCAGCUUCAUCACCUGCAGCUUCAACACCUGCUGGUUCAACACCUGCAGCUUCAACACCCGCUGCUUCAACCCCCGGUGCAUCAACUCCUGGUGCUACUACGCCCGGUACACCGGUCAUUCCACUCACUCCAGUCAUCUCCCACGCUCGCAAACAGAUGGUCCAGUUUGUGGACAGUAGAGAGAGGGCAGUCUAAGGAGGUUGGGGAUGAAGGCAAGGGGAAAUCCUGGGUGGGGAAUGGUAUCUUUGUGAGUUUAGCAGUUGAGGAUAUACCUGACUUCAUGCUUUAAAUAACCCGGAGAAGGCUUGGUGCGGGGUUAGGGGUCUUUUAAGUUCAUUUGAUUCAAUCAUGAAGAUACAGUAUACAUUUUUCUUUUCUUUCCCCUGAUAUGCAGAUACAGAGGUUAAAAUUGCAGAUAAUUGGGAUACAUGGGUGGCACAAUGGCAAAACAAUCGUUCCAGCUCACACAUUUAGCAGUGUUUGUGGGUGGUCAGCUGGUGACAAAUCAUGUUAGUGCACUAGCAGCUCCUGGUUGUUUGAAGCAGCUUCAUGGAGAAGGGCUGAACAGUAUAAACCUCCUCACAUGUGGUGCUCUUUGCAGGCAGGUUAAAAAAAAAGUAUCUGGCAAGUUCCUGUGUAUUAGGGGCGCAUGUGGCUGUCUGCUUCCUAUGCAAACCAUUAGAGCAGUAAACAGUGACAAACACCACUUUACAAGGGAAUUGUACUCACAAAAUUAGGGAGAUAAUUGGGAGAAAUUAGUUUUUCAGUUUAGUAUAAGCAGUUGCUGAAAAUAAAAACUAUACAGAAGACUAUACACUGCAGAUUUGUAUACACAGAGGUUGAAAUCUGGGUUAGUCAAAGAAACCACUUACAGAAUUUCACAGGUGCUAAUAAAUGUGAAGCAUCGCUUCCAUUCAUUUAAAUAAACCCUUACACUUAAUUUUUAAUCUUUAGAAACUAAA